CUGUAUCAACGCGCGACUGCGCAGCAGCAGCAGUUUUUUUUAGGGGAUACAUUUGAGCUUUUUUGUUUAAAAUCGGUGGAUUAUACGUGUCGUUUUUCAUACACAUUUAUAUUUUAAGUGUUUUAGCUUUCUUAUUAUCUAAUGUCUGUAUUCUUCUGUGAGUUUUAACUUUGGAUUGAAAUAUUUUAAAACAUCUAUUUAGGGAGUUUUUCCGCCUAAACCUCGGUAUUUGCUCCCCUGUACAGAGUGUGUGUGGCAGUUUGAGCUCAGCAGCAUCCGACGCAGGGUUUAGUCGUACUGAAAAGCCUCCGGUGCCAACGCCUCUUUUCCCCCUCUGCACUUCUGCUCCCAGGCUGGGAAACUUCAGCUCGCACGGAACCGAGGGCUCAUUUCACGGCGUCUCUCUUCAACUCAUGAGCGGCUAAAUCACAAUCUGACGCUAAAGAAGUUGUGUGAGAGUGAACAUGGGCUGCACGAUCAGCGCCGAGGACAAAGCUGCGGUGGAGAGGAGUAAAAUGAUUGAUAAAAACCUGCGGGAAGACAGAGAGAAGUCAUCCAAAGAAGUGAAGCUGCUUCUGCUCGGUGCUGGAGAAUCUGGAAAAAGCACAAUAGUUAAGCAGAUGAAAAUCAUUCAUGAAGAUGGCUACUCAGAAGAGGAAUGCAAGCAGUACAAAGUGGUUGUGUACAGCAACACCAUCCAAUCCAUCAUGGCCAUCAUCCGCGCCAUGGGUCGCUUAAAGAUAGAUUUCGAAGAUGCUGCACGAGCGGAUGAUGCCCACCAGCUGUUUGUCCUGGCGAGCUCUGCGGAGGAAGGUGUGCUUUCGGCGGAGUUGACCACGGUGAUCCAGAGGCUGUGGAGCGACGUGGGAGUUCAGACGUGCUUUGAUCGAUCACGAGAGUAUCAACUCAAUGACUCUGCUGCAUACUACCUGAAUGACCUGGACAGGAUAUGUCAGCCGAACUACGUCCCGACUCAGCAGGAUGUGCUGCGUACACGUGUGAAGACCACUGGCAUCGUGGAAACUCACUUCACCUUCAAAGAUCUCUACUUCAAGAUGUUUGAUGUCGGUGGUCAGCGCUCAGAGAGGAAGAAGUGGAUCCAUUGUUUCGAGGGAGUCACAUCUAUCAUUUUCUGCGUCGCACUCAGUGACUACGACCUUGUCUUGGCUGAGGAUGAGGAGAUGAACCGGAUGCAUGAGAGCAUGAAGCUUUUUGACUCCAUCUGCAACAACAAGUGGUUCACCCUCACCUCCAUCAUCCUCUUCCUCAACAAGAAGGACUUGUUUGAAGAGAAGAUCAGCCGGAGUCCGCUCACUAUCUGCUGGCCCAAAUACCCUGGUGGGCAUUCGUACGAUGAGACUUCGUCUUAUAUCCAGAACCAGUUUGAAGAUCUUAACAAACGAAAGGGCACCAAGGAGAUCUACACUCACUUCACCUGUGCCACAGACACCAAGAAUGUUCAGUUUGUGUUUGACGCCGUCACCGACGUCAUCAUCAAGAUCAACCUGAGGGAGAUCGGGCUUUACUAAAGCUUCAGGCGCUGCAGGUGUCAGGAGCAGAAUUGGGACUUCUGGGCUGGUGUGUCUUGUCUAAAGAAGGCGAAUUAGAAAGUAGGUGUUACUAAGGAGUAAGGACUGAGCUGGGGCCAUGCUGCAUGCUGGACCUACAUUUCUACAAUUUGGGGACUUGAAACCACCAUUACUCAAUAGAUGUUAUGCAGAGCACACUGGGAGGAAGUGAAAGUGGGGGAGGCUUGUGAAAUGAUCGCUGUGAGGUUUGUGAAUUCCUGUAAUAUAUACUGUAAGACCUUUGCAUCAGUCUGGGGCUGACGGGUAAAGCUCCACUGAUGUCUCUGACACAUUUAUAGUUUGUCAAUAAUAUGUACAUGGACCCAAACAGACUGCCUAUUUGAUCAAAUCCAUUUCACAGUUUCACAGCUGAUAUGUACAUUGUGUUCACUUUUUUCUGUUGCAAACUCUCUUAGCUUAAGUCUAUAUCACAUUGCUUUUAUGGAAUAUUUGCAUAUAGUACAUUUCAUAUUUUGGGUUGCAAUUAUGUAGUAUUUUAACUUUUUAAUGUGUGAAUGCGUUUACUUAUGUAUUGAGAAGCGUUUUGUUUGGGCAGUUCUUAUGUAUAUAACGUAACCUUUUUGGUCUGGGGUUAAUUAGCAAGCGUGUAAUGAACAAAAUAGCAACACAGCUGUCUACAUAGUUCAUCUUUAACUUGACAACAAUGUAUUGAACAAUUUUUUGUACACAUCAAUGCAAAUCAAUUUGUAAAGGGAGAUCUUGAUUUCCCUGUGUUUUAUUAUGACCUAUUUUAUUUACUUAGGUCAAUAUAGAUAGUUUUUCUUUUCAAGGUACAUUUUUAAUCUUAUUGGUAAUAGUAAUGAUAUAUUCAAGUCAUUCUCAUAAUGCAGCACAGGGUUCCACAAUGAAAUGCAGUUGUAGCUUAGUCCAUUAUUAUGUUGCAUAAUGAAAAACAUGACAGAACAGAAGAGAAUUCCUGAAAAUGCAUUUUUGCGUGCAACAGGAGGAUAAUAAACAAACAGAGACAAUGGUGAAUAUUAUCUGGGCGACUAAUAUCUCCAGCAUCUUUCAAAAUUCAACAGAGGGGAAAAAUUGUCCAUGAACUUUGGCAUUUGAGCACCAAGCAUCUUUGAUGUAAACUCAUAGCCGCCUUGCCUCAUCUCAGCUGAGUGCUGCGAUCUGUCCUGCUGCCGCUACAAUGAAGCCUCUCAGUCCUAUCGCUUGGUUAGCUUAGCAUUGUUCCCGGCUCUCUUUCCCCUCAUCCUGUAUGGGAGGCCAAACAUUUUGACAACCUGGCCAUAUUAGACACCAGCUAUCAAGGCACAGCUGGAAUGUAGAGAAAAUAGUGUAUGCAUGAAAGUGUGUUAUUGCAUUAAUGAUUUCGUAGUAUUGACAAGAAAUGACAUUUGAGUAAUUGUUAUACUGGUUAAGAUGAUUGAAUAAUAAAUUAAAAAACGAUUCAUCUGAGAGUGCUUGAAUAAGAAAAGGAAAACCGGGCUAAAGGGCUGCAGAGAUAUACAUCAAUGGCUGUGGUUAUUUUUCUUAUUAAAUUAUCUUUGUCUUUCUGCAAAUGUAAAUCUUGUCACUUCUCUUUAACCACCGCAACUGGAUCGUGUUUUCUUACUCGCUGGUUUUUAAUUGUUUGGCCUCACAUACUCCUAUAGGCCGCUCUCGGUGUCGUUCGGUCUGGCAGGUCAGGGUCACUGGAUGGGUGGUCGGAAAAAAACGUGGGUGGAGAUUGUCUCAAAGUCUGUGAACUUAAUCCAAUCACAACGCUUCCUUCCCCAAUGUUGAUAAGUGCAUUUCGGUCAUAUAUAUAAACACAUUUAAUAUAAAAUGUGAGAUAGUUUGAAAAAGCCAGAGGUUGUAUUUGUUAUUUUUGGCAGGAGCCAUCCCAUAAUACUGAGGAAUUCUGUUUCUGUAGAAAAGGACAGUUUGGGUUACGAAAGUCACUUCCUGCACAGAGAAGUCCUGGUAGAAAACAUUCCUGAAGUUUAGUUUUCUGUACAUUGCUUCAGUUGCAUUCGUUCAUUUCCCACAUUAAAUGAUGGCACCAA